UCCUUCCCUCCUGCUCUUGCUUUCUUCAGAUUCUGACUGUAAUUAGCAGGCUUUGCAUCAGCCGGGUCAGAGCUGGCAGCUUUCUUUAGAAGACUCUGUUCUUCAGGCAGAAAUAAGGAAAGCUUUUUCUUCUGGGAAUACUCAGCCUGGUCGUUUGUUUUAUUUCAAGGGCUGUUCUCGUGCACUGAGGUGGAAGCCACGAGAUGGGAGGGGCAGAACUGAAGUUGCAACCGCAUCUGAAAGUUCAGAGUCAGGCUUUAAAUGUUUCCUUUGAGCUGAGGAGCAAUGGAAGAACCUUUUUAAGAGUCUAAUCUAUACUGAUUUGAGCUGGUUUUGGAUGAAAAAUGCUUAUUAGUCAAUACAAAGCUGUUCUGCUUUCAUUUACCUUGAAAGCCUUGCCUUUAAAAACUGCAAAACUUCCUUGUGAGCACCUGGAGUGACGGAUUGAGCACAGCGGAGCGUUGAGGUGGCCGAUACGAUAAGUGUUCCAGGGUGGAGUAAACCAGACAGAAUUGAAUUUGCCGGUAUUGUAGUGAAAACAGCUCGCCUAAAGAAAUGAGGCUGUUGGAUUGGCACCGGUCAGCUACGUCUGAAAUACGCCUUUCGAGGUGAGUGUUGUGCCUGCUGAACUUCCUCAGACCCACUAGCCAUGCCAGGGAUUGUCGUAUUCCGCCGUCGCUGGUCUGUAGGCAGCGAUGACCUGGUUUUGCCAGCAGUCUUCCUCUUCCUCCUGCAUACCACCUGGUUUGUGAUCCUCUCUGUGGUGCUCUUUGGGCUGGUGUACAACCCCAACGAGACCUGCUCGCUUAACCUGGUGGACCACGGCAGAGGCUACCUGGGCAUCCUGCUCAGUUGUAUGAUCGCAGAGGUGGCAAUCAUCUGGCUCAGCAUGCGAGGCAGCAUCCUGUACACAGAGCCCCGGGACUCGAUGCAGUAUGUGCUCUAUGUCAGACUGGCUAUCCUGGUGAUCGAGUUUGUGUAUGCUAUCGUGGGCAUCGUUUGGCUAACGCAGUACUACAGCUCCUGCAAUGAUAUCACGGCAAAGAGUGUCACUCUGGGGAUGGUGGUUUGCAACUGGGUCGUCAUCCUCAGUGUCUGUAUCACCGUCCUGUGUGUCUUCGACCCGACAGGCCGCACUUUUGUUAAACUACGCGCCACGAAGCGGAGACAGCGCAACCUGAGGACGUACAACCUGCGACACCGCCUGGAAGAGGGGCAAGCCAGCAGCUGGACACGCCGACUUAAAGUUUUCCUUUGCUGCACACGGACAAAAGACUCACAGUCGGACGCCUACUCUGAAAUCGCCUACCUUUUUGCUGAGUUUUUCCGAGACCUUGACAUCGUCCCAUCUGACAUCAUUGCAGGCCUGGUUCUUCUGCGCCAACGGCAGCGGGCAAAGCGCAAUGCCGUGCUGGAUGAGGCAAACAAUGACAUUUUAGCCUUUCUGUCUGGGAUGCCGGUGACCAGGAACACCAAGUAUCUGGAUCUGAAGAAUGCGCAAGAGAUGCAGCGGUACAAGGAGGUCUGUUACUACAUGCUCUUUGCCCUGGCUGCCUACGGCUGGCCCAUCUACCUGAUGAGGAAGCCCACAUGUGGACUCUGUCGCCUGGCCAGAUCCUGCUCGUGUUGCUGUCUCUGUCCUUCACGUCCCCGCUAUGCACCUAGUGUCACCAUCGAGGAGGACAAUUGCUGUGGCUGCAAUGCCAUUGCCAUCCGGCGCCACUUUUUGGAUGAGAACAUGACCUCAGUGGACAUUGUCUACACUUCUUGCCACGAUGCAGUUUAUGAAACACCGUUCUAUGUGGCCGUGGACCAUGAUAAGAAGAAGGUGGUCAUUAGUAUCCGAGGGACUCUGUCUCCAAAAGAUGCCCUGACUGACCUAACGGGGGAUGCAGAGCGCCUUCCAGUCGAGGGUCACCACGGCACGUGGUUGGGACACAAGGGAAUGGUGCUGUCUGCUGAGUACAUCAAGAAGAAGUUGGAGCAAGAAAUGGUGCUUUCUCAAGCUUUUGGACGAGACUUGGGGAGAGGAACAAAGCACUAUGGCCUGAUUGUGGUUGGCCAUUCCCUCGGGGCUGGCACAGCUGCCAUCCUAUCCUUCCUUUUGCGUCCACAAUACCCAUCGCUGAAGUGCUUUGCCUAUUCUCCCCCUGGUGGGCUGCUCAGUGAGGAUGCCAUGGAGUAUUCAAAAGAGUUUGUGACUGCGGUUGUGCUUGGCAAAGAUCUAGUGCCCAGGAUUGGCCUCUCUCAGCUGGAGGGAUUUCGCCGGCAGCUUCUGGAUGUUCUUCAACGAAGUAACAAACCAAAGUGGCGAAUCAUUGUGGGUGCUACCAAGUGCAUACCCAAGUCAGAGCUCCCUGAAGAGACGGAAGAAAACUCCGUAACGAGUAAUCGCCUCUGGACUCAUCCCAGCGACCUGACCAUCGCCCUGUCUGCGAGCACACCGCUCUACCCACCAGGCCGCAUCAUCCAUGUGGUGCACAACCAUCCUGCAGAGCAGUGCUGCUGCUGCGAGCAAGAGGACCCCACUUACUUUGCUAUCUGGGGGGACAAUAAGGCGUUUAAUGAAGUGAUCAUCUCACCGGCCAUGUUGCACGAACACCUCCCGUACGUGGUCAUGGAAGGGCUCAACAAGGUCUUGGAGAAUUACAACAAGGGGAAAACAGCUUUACUUUCUGCAGCCAAAGUGAUGGUGAGUCCUACAGAAGUGGAUCUCACCCCAGAGUUGAUCUUCCAGAAUCAGCCCUUACCUAGCGGACCCUCAGUGCAGAUCGGAACUGGAGCCGUAACAGCGGACAGAAGGAACAGCAGUACCAAGAGCAAAUCCCAUUCUGAAAUCAGCUUGGAGGGGUUUUAUGAGACAAAGCCACUUUCUCCUGUGCAGAAAGACCCUGUGGAGCUGCUUCUCUUGGAUACAAAAGAACGUCUGUCUGUGGAGCUGCAGGACCGUCGUGCCCCUCUUGCCACCAUGGAGAGCCUCUCGGACAAUGAAUCCAUCUACAGCUUUGAUUCAAGGCGCUCCUCUGGGUUUCGGAGCAUCCGGGGUUCCCCCAGCCUCCAUGCUGUUAUGGAGAAGGAUGAGACGCACUGCUUUUAUAUUGACCCCGUUAUCCCUGAGGAGAACCCUUCCCUCAGCUCGCGGACAGAGCUGCUGGCUGCUGACAGCCUCUCCAAGCACUCCCAGGAGACUCAGCCCCCUGACAAUGCGCUCAACAGUGGCGCCACUACUCCCCAGCGCCGCUGCAGUGAGGAAGGGGCCAGCAGCGAAGGAGACCGCGUCUCCUUAGCUCCUCGGGAAGAACUGUCCCUCCAGAACGGACGCCUCACUGAUGUUCCCAGUCCCCAAGUGCUGGAGUUUGCGGAGUUCAUAGACAGCCUCUUUAAUUUGGACAGUAAAAGCAGCUCCUUCCAGGACAUCUACUGCAUGAUGGUGUCAGACAGCUCCAGUGACUUUGCAGAGAUGCCCAAGUCCGUCAGUGAUCAGGAGAUCCUAUUGAGGGCACAAUACGAACCCAACUUAGUCCCAAAGCCCCCGAGGUUGUUUGCAGGCUCAACAGAUCCUUCGUCGGGCAUCUCAGUGUCUCCCUCUUUCCCCCUUAGUUCAUCUGGAGAACUCAUGGACGUCACUCCAACGGGCGUGAGCAGCCAGGAGUGCCUGGCCACUGACAAAAUCCGGACUUCUACCCCCUCUGGGCACGUAACCAGCCCUGCCAAGCAGGACGACCUCAUGAUUUCAGCCCUCUAGUGCAGGGUAAAGGGGUGCGGCUCUGAGAGCUGAUCCAUUAGGCUGAGUGCUGGGAUAACGCUUGGAGGAGGUGGUCAUUGGGCAAUUCAGAGCAGAGGAGACAGCUGGAGACAUUCCUUCUGGGGUGACACAGUGUUGGCACGCUGGAGGAUGGAUUGAGUUUGAGUCCCGUGCUUGCAGCUGGGAGAAGAGGGUCUGAGUCCCUAAAGGUAGAUGCAAGUUCCCUACCUCAGCCUGUCUCGUUUCAUUGUGGAGGCACAUUCCUUGCCGCAGGGCACCUGCUGAGUUUAGGAGGAAGAUACCCUGCUCCAGGGAAUCCUCCGGGGUGAAGGGGGUGGAUUCUCAGAAGCUCGGGGGUCAGACAGACGUAGGCAGAAAUGAGGGGGGCCAAGGCCACAUCUCCCUCUUGGUACUGUGUCAGUGGUCCUGGAAGUGAGCAGAUUGAGACUUUGGGCCCUAUUGCACUACCAUGUCGGAUCUGGCCCAAGCUUCAAUUUGUCCUACUUCCACGGGGAUUGCUUUUGUAGGCCACUCUCCUGUUUUAAAGCCAUUGUGGGGCUGUAUUCUCCCCAAACACACUCUUCCCUCCCUGGCCGGGCGCAGCAGGAGUGGGGCUGGCACUGUGUUUUCUCCCCUGAGUACUUCUGUGUUCAGUGACCACCAGGCUGCUGCUGAGAGGGAAGGACACUGUUCUGAAGAGCCAAAGCCCUCUGCCUCAUUCCUCCUUUGCCAGAAAGAGUUCUCCUGGAUGUCACCAUCACCUCUUCUCACUUUCCUGGACCACUCUGAGCUGGUGACAUUCCUGCAGGACUGACAGCGUUCUCAGCUCAGAGCUGCAUGGAUGGAUCAACUGAAGUAUUUAACAGGCAUCUCAACACCCAGUGUUAAUGUCCAAGCCCCUGCGGAGUCUGGGAGCCUCUCCUGGACUCUGCUGGGUCCUCACACCACCCACAGGCAGUAAUCGCAGAUCAUCAGUGCCAACCAGUGUCAUUGGGAGUUCAGGGAAAAAAUGAACUUUCACUGAGUAUUGAAAUCUCUUGUAUGUUUACAGAGCUGCUAAGCUUUUGGAAGGUAUUUAUUAAGCAAACAGGGAGGCUUUCCCUAAGCAAAAAGCAUGCUCAUGCUCUCCUUCCUGGGCUGUUCCCUCUGGGAACCUGAGGAGAGAGAGGAUGGACAGCUAAGAUCGCAAAUUCCCUGCUUUUAAAGCGGAUCGGAGUCUGAGGGAAGCUGCGUGCAUCCCUCACCCACCUCGUCCACCUCUCAGUUGCACAACGCCACGUCGCAAAGCUUGACCAAGCCGUGAGUAAAACUACCUGAGCACUGCUGUGCAGAGCCUUGGUGCCCGGAGGAGCCUGCUCGACCCAUCUCAGCAGGUGCUUUCUGGUGAUGGGAGCGGGCGAGAAACUACCUGUGUAGAACGUUAAAUGUACUGUGACCUGGAGAAGGCCUUUAAUUGGCAAAACACCUUCCUAUCAGUGCUCAGUGGGGUUACCAAUCAGGCUCACUGGAGUGCUGUCCUUCCUCACUGGGAAAGCAAGUCCUAUUUUGGCUUUCUUCUGCCCUCAAAGGUGUUAUUGCCCUCCUUUCCUUUCCUUAGCCAUGCUGUUUCCAUUGUAGGAGGAUGCUGUGCUUCCCUGGAGCUCAGCACAUGACAAAUCCCCAGCUCCUGUUAGCCCUCACUUUUCAAACCGAGUGCAACUGGGAUUCAAACCAGAGCAGGAGCACUUUAUAGCCAGGGUGCAUUGAUGUAAACGGCUUCAGGUGCACAGAAAUGAGCUGUGUGGCUGAGUGCCAAUCUCCAGCUCAACAAUUCAGUGUGGGAUACUCUGUCCCCUGCUCCUUAGGAAUUACAGAGUCUUUAGAAGUGCAGGGACUUUGUUAAAUGGGCACUAAAAUAUUGUCCCUGGGGUUUAGGUUCCAAAGGUGACCUUUUCUAGACUGUCUUGAAUUGGAGGGAAGAAACCUCUCUGAAUUCAAAGUUAAUCUGUAAAAGCAAAAUGCUUUGAUUCUGAGCGACAAGAAGUUACUUUUUCCUUUGUAGCUCCUUCAGUUUUGUUCCCCUCGCUGAGAGCUUGUGUGGUUCAGGUUCGUGUAGAGCAGUUGUGUGAACUCCAGCAGAUCAUCCACGAUUGCAGACCACAGGGUAGGGCUGGAGUGCUGCACACAGCCAAGAAACACUAAUAAAAGGUGUCCAGGAAUACGCACAUUAAACAGGGUAGUUCUGAAGGGAAAAGGGAGCUGAAGUGGAGGGAGGCUGGAGCUAGCAGGCUAGCUCGCCUCCCGACACAGCCUGCUGACACGUGGUGAUCAAGCAGGGAAAAGGGGUGCAUUUCUGCCUCUCAUCCUCGGCACAUGGGUAGUAAUAACACUUAGCACUUAGGCAGAGCUUUAUCUGCAAAGCACUUUACAAACAUUAAAAGAAGAAUCAUCCCUGUCCCUGGCAAGUGGCCGUCUCAGUAGGUAGAAACUACUGGUGCCCUGCCUGAGGCUGCAGGGGAGGUGGCUCGAGGUGGAAAAGGUGGAUUCCUUCCCUCUUAGGAAAGAAGUUUCUCCCUAGUGAUCUGAUGGUGUUUAAUGGGUCGCAAUAUUGCACUAGAGAGUCACUUCUGGGCAUAGCUCUGCUGCGUCCUGGAAGGCGCAGUUGUUGUGCGUGACUGUUUCCUUCUCUGUGCCACUGGAACUGUGUCCCGGGGGAACGGGGUGACCUUGCCCUGGCCAGCUGUAGCAGGAGACAGCCUGGCAUGCUGCAUUUCUAUUGCUUUGUUUGUGCUCUGUGCUUAUUAGGCUUCUAAAAAGCCUGGAAAUACCUAAUCCUUGUGCCCUGCGCUUGCCACCAAUCAAGGCAGUAAAGGUGCGGAAGAGCCCUUUUAGUUAAGGUUCUUGUUGCGUCACUUUAUGGGUAAUCCCUGUUUUCUGUUGUUCUCUCUUGACAAACAGAUCUGUUCCCAGUCCUCACAAAGUAAAUCCAUGUUCUUUGUGUUAUUUCUGCUUUAAAUGUCUCCAUGUCUUGGUCCUCAUCACUCCUUUGCUAAAAGAGCGUUUGGAUGUCCUGUAUCAUCCUGGAAGGAUGGAGGAUGUUGCUAAGCCUGUAGCUACCUCCAUCAUUCAUGCUGCAUGCUGCUCCCUACUUUCUCUUCGCUCUGACAUGCAGAUGAAAACAAAAAAGCAUUGUCACAUCUCUUAAUCUCUUGGUUUCUGAUUCCUGCUCAAGCUUUGUGCCUUCUAAUCUUUAUCUACUUCAAUGGGAUGUCCCACCAGACGUGGAGGCAGUGCUGGAAGUGCCUGACGCCCUAGCCCCCAGCUAAGCAGCCGGCAGCUUGCCCACUUUCACAGCGCAUCCUUAAAAUCUCCUCUAAAAGCUUUUUUUGGUGGAUGCUGGAGAGCAGAGAACAAUCUUAGUGCACCUUAAUGUUACAGCAUGGUGAGUGAAAUCACUUUCAGCUUUGCCAAAGAGCCUGGAUGGGUUCUCUGCCCCCUCCAUGAUCCCCCAGGGUGGCAAAUUCCACCUGACUGCAGAACUGGUGGUUGUUGUUGUGUGCUUGUUCGGGAUAUUCCUAGCAGACUGUUGUGGAAUGCAAUCCUGAGGGCUUGAAACCUUGAAAGGCACCAUGAGAGACCCUUCGCUAGGUGCGAGUUGAACUCCAUCCAGCAGCUGAGUUCAGACCAACCCCAACCCUGCUGCAAAUGCUCACAGGGCAGGAAGGGGUUGGUACCGCUAUUUAUUUUUUGCAGCUCUGACCCUUUGAGAUGUGUCCAAAGGGAAUAAAAUAUUCCCAUGAUAAUCUAUAGCAUCCCAUUCGUUCCUUUCAGCUCAGACAACUGAAGUCUGAGAUGGCUUUUGCUGACAAUCGUUUCACGCUGCUGUUUGUUUGUCAUCCCUUCUGUUUAAACUCGCCCCACUGAAGCUGGAUUUUUGUUGGGAGCUGUGACUUCAUUUUUCUGAUGCCAACAGAGUCUCAUGGAGUUUCCCUGCACUUUAGGAAGUAUUUAGACAAUCUCCAAGAUCCUAGUUGGAAAAGCAUAGGGUGAGUUGGUAUUUGUUGGCCAGGUGCUCCCUUGUUCUGUAGCAGCAAAAGAAAUGAGUCAAGAAAGAUAGGGAAAUAAAAGGGAAAUGGGUCAAAUAGCAAAUGCACUGAACCUGAAAGCCUGCUGUAAAAACUGAGACAAAUUUAACACGUGGUGGUUGUUUCUUGGCUGUGAAAUAUCAGCUUCUUUCCUGCUUCAGGUGUACCCAGUGCCUCCUUCACCUGCUGAAGGGCAGGGAGGGUUGGGAAUGCAGCAGGGGUUUUGCACAGCCUGCUCUGAUGCUCGAUAUGAAGGAAUGUAUGGCUCUGAAGCCUUGGAAAGCACUGGCUGAGUUGGGCCUGUUGUGCCUUCUUCUCCGAGCCUGUGGAGCACUGAACUGGGUUUAGGGACGAGUGGCAUCUCUUGCGCCAAAGCUCCCUCUCAUGGUGCUCUUGUGGUGCUCCAGGUGGAGCAGAUCCUGCUGGAAGCAAACCCUGCCUGUUCUUGGCAGCUGUGGAAAGAGUGAGAGAAAGGGAGGUUGCAGCUGGGAGGUGGGACUUGAUCUGGGAGCUCCUUGCUCUCCAGUCAGAUGGUCCUACUGGUGAUAUGGGUCAAGUGGAGGCGUAAGUCUUUGUCAUCAUUUAGUGGUGUCCUUCUCCCAUUGCAGGCUCCAGAGCUGUGUGUCUGCUCUGUCCCCUUCAAGGGAGGAGCCACUGCGCCUUCCAGGGGGAUCAGGCAAGUUGGAUGGCAGCGAUGAGCCUGGGAAGCUGUGCUUUGUUUGCUUUGGAGUUUACAUUCCAGCUCAGAGAGUCGAGACCUUCUCUGCCGAGAUGGGUGGCAGUUAGAGCCCAAACCCUCAACCCUGUUAAUUUCUAAACACUCAUUAGAGUGGAGGAAGACUUUUGGCAGGAGAUCUUUCACAGUAACUGCCUGCUGUGCCGAGGGCAGCGCGUUCUGCAGAGCAGCAAGGCUGUUGGCUCCCGUGGGUGGCAGGAGCACUGUGAACUGCCAAACAUCGCUUUUCCCUCCCUGUCUCCUGGCUGCAUCCAUGCCUGGGGCUUCCCUGGGAGCUGUUGCGCUCUGUGCAGGAAGAUGGUGAGCCUUGCAGCCUGGAAUUUCCAAACAACUGAGGAGCGAGCUAUUUCUUGCUUUGUCAUAGGGACUUGCGAUCCUAGAAAGCAUCAGCUCUCUCCAAGCACAUUGCUGUCUCUGUUACUGUUGUCUUUUUUUGCUUCUUGAAUUCAUGCCUGUUGUGCCUUUGUUUUCCAUUGGUUUGAAGCCCAAGCCUCCUGCUUGGAACCAGCCAACUUCCUUCCCCAUUUCUGCACAUCUUUUCUUCUCUGGGUGUGUGAAAGGCAAUGCGUUCUGGCCAAGGACUGACUUGGAGUUGCCCUUUCUGCCAGGAUCUCUCUGCCCUGGCUGAGUGUUGCCCAAUUUCCCUUCUCCCUGCUGCCUCGGGGUUGUAUCCAAGUGUCAACAGCAAAGUUGGUUCCUCCUACCCACACUGGUUCCCCUGCCAGCCUCCUCCAGUCUGGGACCUCAUCUUGUGCAAAGUCUGUUCUGUGUGGUACGAAGGGAAGUCAUUUCUUCCCUGUGGUCUGCAUGACCUCAGGCAGUGUUUAAUGGGCCUGUCCACCAGUAAAACUUCCUCUCAGGUCUAUUUGUGAGUAAAACUCUUCCUACUCUUCAAGAUCUGACUCUGGUUUUGCAAGAACUUAAGCUGACUUAACGUAUUUCAAACUGUCCACUGCGGUUUUGGCUUACAACCAUCUUCCAAAGGAAAGCUCUCUUUUCUGAGAGGUGGAUGUUCCUGCUGUGUUUGAGACCUCACCAUGUCAUCCUGUGCUCUUGUUUUUCAUUCUCUGACAUUUCCUACCUGCCCAGCGCAUCUGUGUGGCGAGGGAACCUCUGUCUGGCUACUCCUUUAUGUCUGCAAAGUCAUUAAACACAGAGCAGCAGAGGAAUAAGCCUUCCUUUUGUAUUUUAUUGGGGUUCCACUGCUCUGCUUUCCAUCAUGGGGUUUUGUGCAGUUCUGAUGGCUCAGAGUUGGAGGAACCUGGUGCGCGUGGCAGUACUAAGACGAGGGAACAGCCUGGCUCAGCACUCUGUGCUGGUGAGGUCUGUCCUGCCUCGAUGUGCUUCUUUGGGAAUGCGUGUCCGAAAUGAUCCCAUCCUGCUGUGUUUGUGCUACAUCCACAGUGCUCACUGGUGGCAAAGGGGCAUCACCUGCAGCUAUGGAGGCUACAGCUUCCCAGCUUUCCCUCCACCAAUACUGCAGCCGAUGGAUGAGGUGAUGGCCAGGGAAUAGCCUCGAGCUCCUGUCCUACUAAUAAACUUAAUUACUAAUGUCAACAUGGGGAUUAUUGGUGAUGGGUUGCUCCUCCCUGCCUGCGUGCAUGGGGCAGCAGGAGAGGAGCGCUCUGCCCUUUAAGACCUUUUCCAGCUCAGCCGUCUGUUCCGCUCUCCUGCAGUGACAGCCACCACUCCAGCCUGUCCUCCCUCAUGGCUGUGAACGAGCAGAGACAGCAAGACCAGAGAAACUGGUGGAAACUCUUUCCUUUCUCAUCUUUUUGGGCUUCUUAGUGCCAGCUGUGUUGGGUGGAGCCCAGCAGGAUGGUCUCCACGUGACAGGAGCUGCAGGAAUGGCAUACAAGAACUCCCUUGCCUCCCACUUCUCUCUCCAUCCGCAGAUAGCAAAGCCUCUGUGGAAAAGCCCUUCUGCUUGUUUCUGUGUCCUAUCUCACAUCCUGUGCUGGGGCAGCUCAGAAUAGGGUAGUUAUGAAUUAACUCUUUGACCCCAAUUGCCUCUUUAUUGCUAAAGCCUUUUGCAUUUAUGGGAGAACUGGUCCUUCUAGGGAACCCUGAGCUGCUCUGCCUUGCCUCUCGCAGGGCUUAGAGCACUCGCAUAUGCAAUCAGGGGGGAGACGGCACAGGAUCCUGCAUCCCCACGCUCAACUUGAGAGGUCACUGCCUGUCCUGGGAAUGCUGCCCUCCAAAUCCCUGCUCCAAGCUGCCCCCAGCAUGAAGACUACAAGGAAACUAAAGCACUCCUUAUGUGCCAUUCUCAUGUGACUUUUUGUACCUAUGUAUGAAAGAUCCAAACUAAUAUUGCUGUAAAGAAAGAUACAGAUUAAUAUAGUCUAUUCUAUAAAGAGAUAUGUAUAUAAAGGUUUCUGUAUAUUGUAUGGCACCCUGUAUAAAAUGGAUGUAGAAGCAUGAC